CGCUGUGGUCAUAGUUAAGGGGUUUGUGUUUUUUCCUGCUGGUUAAAUGAAUAUGAUGCCUUCCUGCUGCACUUCAGACUGCUGGUAAAAACAAUGUAAUAAAUUUUGUCGUAUCUCUGACAAGAUCUGUAGUGGUUAUGCAGCCGCUUUCCAAAUGUCAAAAGUGUCAGGGCCCACAGGAUGCUAGGAAGGCUAGAAUGUAGUGUGAUAAGCCACCCUCUGAGGUUCUAGACCUUGGCUGUAAAAGGAGCCUUGGCUUUGCAGGUGCAAGAGUCACAGUGGAUACAAAGCAGGGAUGCACACAGCGAAGUCUUCUUUAGCUGGGCUGCUGAGUUGGUCCGUUCCUGGCUGUUUGAUCACCUGUAUGAUAUUGACGUGGCCUCUCUUAACAAUUUCUUAGGCAACAGAAAAAACUGUUUUUCCCCCCCUUAGGAUACAGAGCUCAGAUGAAAUCAAAAGAACGAUAAAGUUUGGAGGAGAAAAAGAAGCUGCAAUUGCUUUCCUGGUCUGCAGUUUGACAGGGCAUUAAGAUGUCCGUGGACAUGAACAGCCAGGGCUCUGACAGCAAUGAAGAGGAUUAUGACCCUAAUUGCGAGGAGGAGGAAGAGGAUGAGGAUCCUGGGGAUAUUGAGGAUUAUUAUGAUGGGGUAGCUAACGACGUGGAGCAGCAGGGAGCAGAUGCCUUUGAUCCAGAGGAAUAUCAGUUCACCUGCCUGACUUACAAGGAGUCGGAGAGCACUCUGAAUGAACACAUGGCCAGCUUGGCUGCCACGUUAAAGGUAUCACAUGCUGUUGCAAAGCUAGUAUUAGUUAGUUUCCACUGGCAAAUCUCAGAGAUUUUGGAAAGGCACAAGUCUAAUGCUGCCCAAUUGCUGGUAGAAGCACGAGUUCAGCCCACCUCAUCCAAACAUGCAAUGGUACAUUCCUCCCAUCACUGCGCAGUGUGCAUGCAGUUUGUCCGGAAGGAGAACUUGCUCUCCCUGGCUUGUCAGCACCAGUUCUGCCGCAGCUGCUGGGAGCAGCAUUGUACAGUGCUCGUCAAGGAUGGUGUUGGAGUCGGGGUCUCCUGUAUGGCUCAGGACUGCCUACUUCGGACACCAGAAGACUUUGUGUUUCCAUUGCUGCCUAGUGAAGAGCUGAAAGACAAAUACAGGCGCUACCUCUUCAGGGACUAUGUUGAGAGCCAUUAUCAGCUGCAGCUGUGUCCUGGUGCAGACUGUCCCAUGGUGAUACAGGUACAAGAGCCAAAAGCCCGGCGAGUGCAGUGCAAUCGUUGCAAUGAGGUCUUCUGCUUUAAAUGUCGGCAGAUGUACCACGCACCCACAGACUGUGCUACCAUUCGGAAAUGGCUCACCAAGUGUGCAGAUGACUCCGAAACAGCCAACUACAUCAGUGCUCACACUAAAGAUUGUCCCAAGUGCAAUAUCUGUAUUGAAAAGAAUGGAGGCUGCAAUCACAUGCAAUGCUCCAAAUGCAAACAUGACUUCUGCUGGAUGUGUCUGGGAGACUGGAAGACUCACGGCAGCGAGUACUACGAAUGCAGUCGGUACAAAGAGAAUCCUGAUAUUGUAAACCAGAGUCAGCAAGCACAGGCCAGGGAGGCCCUUAAGAAGUACUUGUUCUAUUUUGAGAGGUGGGAGAAUCACAAUAAAAGCCUACAGCUGGAGGCACAGACGUACCAGCGAAUCCAGGAGAAAAUCCAAGAGAGAGUUAUGAACAACUUGGGAACGUGGAUAGACUGGCAAUACCUACAAAAUGCUGCAAAACUACUUGCAAAGUGUCGUUACACCCUGCAGUACACAUAUCCAUAUGCCUACUACAUGGAGUCUGGCCCCAGAAAGAAACUGUUUGAAUACCAACAAGCCCAGCUGGAAGCUGAAAUUGAAAAUCUCUCAUGGAAGGUGGAGCGAGCAGACAGCUAUGACAGAGGGGACUUAGAGAAUCAGAUGCACAUAGCAGAGCAGAGACGGAGGACCCUGCUGAAAGACUUCCAUGACACAUAAGACAAGGAAGGAGUGACAAAGUGCAGGGGUGAGAGCAGUGAGUGAAGUGAUGGCAGCUUCACCAGGAUAAGCAGGCACUGCCUCUGGGAGAACACGGCCAAGGACAAAGCCACCCCUCCCCUUGCAAGUCAGACACAUGCAAACAUCACAUCUUAGUCAAGUUUGUUCUCUUAUCUUUCUGUUUCUGUUUCUGCCAGGCUAGAGGCCAGAGUUCAGAUUGGCAUAUUUCCUGGGAUAUUUCCCUCCUGCCCUUGAUGGUUGCAGAAAGGGAGGGAGUUUUUCUCUGAAUGGCUGUUCAUAGUAUUAGAUCAUGACAAUUUAUGUAAUUUUCAACGGUUGUACAAUUAUCCAAACAAACCUUAGAAUAACACACAACCCUUUUUAAAAAUAAAUUGGCAGUGGAGUGUUUUUCCUUAAUCUGCUUGUAAAUUUAAUGGGCUUUUUUUCCCCCCCCUCCCUCUCCCUUCCUCUG